AUGUGGUGGCUCCUGCUGCGAGUGGCAGUGGCAUCAUCCACAUGCCGUGUGGCAAGGCAGGCGCCAGCGCUGCUGCAGAUGCAAGCCAAGGAGGGCCUGCUGGUGUCAAGAAGGUCCACAUGGCAUUUGCUGGAGAAUGCAGAUGGCAAUUGCCUCCAGGCCACAAUGCAGCCGCAGAAUGGCCUUCGCCCCACUAUGGCGCCCUGCGAUCAGCAGAACAUGUUGCAGAAGUGGGAGUUUGAUGACAUGACCGGUCUCAUCAAGCAUUCUGCGGGCCGGUGUUUAGACGCAUCUCAGCGCGAGAUGAAUGGUGGCGUCAUCCAUUUGUGGCAAUGCGAUGUGACCAACGAAAACCAGAUGUGGGAGUGGAAGAACGACAGCCAUCACAUCAAGAGCCGAUCUGGCGUAUGCAUGGAUGCGCCGAACCCCACUCAUGCCGGCACUCCUGUGCACAUGUGGGAAUGCUUGGAGGACAUUAGCAACCAGCGCUGGCGCUGGGUCCCUGUUGGUGCUGGGAACUUCACAACUGCCGAGCCGACAACCACGGAGGCCGGAGGUGUCUCCACCAGUAGCCUGCCCAGAACCACCAGUACCACCACGCCGCAGCCCUUGAGCGCGGUGAGGAACUGCCAGCUGGAGCCUUUGGUGGAGGGCUCUGGUUGCAAGCAGCUGCAAAUCUUCGAGGAUGAGAGGUUCGGGCUGGGUGCCAACGGGCAGGAGACGGAGGGCCGGCACCGCUGCCUCGAGCAAAUGCGCGAAGUCAAGGGCGACAGCUUUGUCCACUCCGUCGGCCGAUGCGAGGUGUGGCGGUGCGGAACGGCGGCCAGGCUGCGAAUGUCGGCAGGGCCAGGAGGAGGCUUGUCCUCAUCUCCUGAUGCAGUGGCCUUGGUGGGCGCCAAUGGGCAGUAUGUCUCAGCAGAUGAGGAUGGCAGCAUGCAUUCCUCUGAAGAGUCCUUUGUCCCAGAGGCGCUCUUCGAAAUGAAGGAGGUCGAGCCCGGCAAAGUGACCUUGAAAGCCAAGAGCAACGACAAGUUCGUGAAGGCUGUUCCCGGCGGCCAUUUGGUGGCAGAAACGUGGCACUGGGACGAUUGGGAAGUGUUCUCCCUUGAGAAGCACGAAGAUGGCCAGUUCGCUUUGCGCAGCUUUCACAACUUGUUCAUCACUGUCGGGGAGGGAGGGUCCAUUUCAGCCACCAGCCCGCAGGGAACGGGCAAUGCUGCUUUUCAAGUGCUGAACAAGUCGCAGGCUGCUUGGGAAGAAGCCGGCGGUCGGACGCGCGUCGAUUUUGGCAAGACGAUUUCGAUGGAGUUUACCCAUGCGACUUGCAGCAGGCCAUCUGAGAAAGCUACAGUUCGCUGUUGCUCCGAAGAUGGCACUGUGGAAAGCGGCGGAUGCCUUGGCAACAAAACUCUUCCCGGAGCUCAUGCACUUUGUGAAGAGAGAGGCCUGCAACUUUGCUCUGCACAGCAGGUGCGAGCCUGCGCAGACUGUGCGGGCUGUGGCAAGAUUUGGACCAGCGGCACGUGCACAGCAUCAGAAGGUCUGACGCAGCGGAGGCUGAAUCUGCGCAACGACCGUGCUGGAGUCUUCAGCGAGCUGUGUCAGUACCAGCCAGGGAAAGGCGGGCUUCACGGGGAGGAGGAGCGGUCUGCAGUUUUGGUGAAGCUGAUGGAGUGGAAUUACAACGACAUCGCCAAGGAGUGCACGGAGUACUUGGCCCCGAAUGGCUUUGAGGCCGUCCAGGUUGCUCCGGUGACGGAGCACGUCGUCGGGUACCAGUGGUGGGUGAAGUACCAGCCGGUCUCCGCUGGGCUGGACACGCGGUCGGGCACCGAGGCCGAGUUCAAGGCUAUGGUGGCCACUUGCAGGGCAGUCGGCGUGGAGGUCAUCGUUGACAUCCUCAUGAACCACAUGGCGUCACCAUGCCAGGAGGCGCAGUCAAAGCAUGGAACGGACGACAUGCCUUGCGCAGGCUGGGGCGGGAGCAAGUUUGGCAACCGCAAGGCUCAAGGUGCCCGAGGUUGGGACGCGUCCACGCCAGCUAACUUUCACCACUCGCCCGAUGAUGAGACGAAGCCCUUGUGCAGUGUAGGACCGCAUUCCGGAUGGCUUUGCCCGGAUGAUGAUUGCACUCCUUGCGACAUGUACUCGCUGCCGGACUACAAUACUGAGUUGCAGGAGGUCCGUGACAUGCAGUACAAGCACCUUGCAGAGCUCUUUCAUAUUGGCGUCACCGGUCUCAGAGUGGAUGCAGCCAUUUAUCACCAUGUGUAUGAGCUCGCGGACAUGCUCAACAGGCUGCCAUGGGAUUUGGUCUAUCAAGAGUGGUGGGGUGAGUACCCGCCUCAAGAUCGCACAGAUCACGUGGGCCUGUAUCGUGAUGUUGCCUACCGCUGGCAUUUGGUCAACCGCCUUGCCGGCAAGAACGCCACCGACCUCGGGGAAGUGUUUGACCUUGAUGGCGGCGUGUUCGGCAUCACUCAGGACAUGGCAGUGUACCCGUUUGCCUAUCAUGAUGGCAGGAGCAGAGACGCCGACCCGGAGAUUGCCACCUACAAGAACGGAUUGGCAUACCAUCAGCAGCAGAAGUUCUUCCUGUCGUGGCCUCUUGGAAACACCGUGUUGGUCUGGGGUGGCUAUGGGUGGCGCGACCUCAACCACGGCCCGCCGGGCUGCGACAAGGCGGACGGGGACCACUGCUCGCCGCUCCCGGUCUACGAUGAGUCCGGGAACGCCCAGUGCAUGCCUGCCCCGACCGAGUCGCCCCUGCCCAGGGAUGAGGCCCGUGAGAGGCGGUGGAUCUGCGAGCACCGCUGGCAGGGCGUGGCGGGUAUGAUGCACUUCCGCAAGAGCUGCCGCACCAAGGGGGUGUCCAAGGUAUGGAAGGACGACGAGGUGGCGCUGGGCAGAGCAGCCUUCCGGCUGGGCGAGGAUUGCUUCGUGGCCUUGGUGCGUGGCCGUCGCCCGGAGGAGCCGCCGGAGGCGGAGGUGGUGGGUGUGGGGGGCACCUGGGACUUGCAGGGCUUCCACGUGGGGCUGCCCGCCGGCCGCUACUGCGACAUGUCCUCCCUGCACACGCAGGGCGGCUGGGACCAGACCAGCUGCCCCCGCACCGUGGAGGUCGACGCCAACGGCAUCGUCCUGCGGGGUGCCGUGACCCAGGGCGAGCUGCUUGCCAUCCACACCGGCGCCAGGCUCAAAGUCCUGCUGUCUUAG